AUGCCACAGUAUUUACACAGUCUCAUCCCUUGCACCUGGCAAAUUCACCCAUCUGGGAAACUUUUCAUUCUUUCGGAUGGAGAAGGAAAAAAUACAACUGUUGAACUGACUGAGCCUUUAGAUGAAGAGCUCUCUGGUGUCAUUGAAGUGGUGGGAAGAGUUACAAAUCAGGCAACCAUCAUGUGUAUGUCAUAUGUCCAGUUCAGAGAAGAUAAAAGUGCUUUUGAUCUAGUGCUUUACAAUGAAGCACUGAAAAUUAUCCACGAAUUUCCUGAAUACAUUCCAUUUGGUGUAACAAAGAAUGAUUGACUUUUCUUGGCACAUACCUUACAGCUUGAAAGUGGACAGUAACUCCAUGGUGUAAUCUUAUUAUUGAGCACAGAGGCUGAAAUUAUUUUCAGCAGAGGUGCUCAAGAUAUGUUUGUUGUUUGAACUGGACGCUGUAGCAUGGCACUACUGACUAUUGAUUUGGUACUUGCGUCUUUACCAGCAGUCCAAAGUGCAGCCAAUGAAAAAUGUAGUUUUGUUGGAAUUGAGAUCUUUUCAGUAAGACAAAAUAUUUUUGGUUGCUUUUCAUCAUUUUAGAUAUGUUUGUGUAUCCAGAGGAAUGUUUUAACAAACAAAAUUGGCUUCUGGUUUAAAAAAAAAAGAACCAGUCUAUAAGUUUUAGUAUGCUUCCACUCAUGCCCUAUGUAUCAGGUGUUCUGUAUGAUAUUUAGUUAGCCAGAAAUGUAUAUUUGAAAGUAAGACAUUCUAUGGCAGAGGUAGGGAACUUUUUUUCUCACUUGCGUGUAGCUCCUGGCUGAUUUUUCUGUAGGUCAGUGACCCCCAGUUGAGAGAGGUUCCCCACCCUAGUUCUAUGGGCUGUAGCUUUAAACAGUAUCUUUAAGCUUGGAUAGAAAGUUCUUGUGUCUUGGAAACAGUUGCUUUCCUUGACUUUGUAAUAAAGCCUCAAAUCUGACUUGAAUUAAAUGUGUAUUUUUAACAUAACUAUUUCUUAAUGAUAACUAAAUCCAUCACAUUCAGUUGAUGCCUCGUGUAAUUUUAAAUGUAGCCCUCCAACACAAAUCAGAGCACCUAUGAGAUACACAAUAACUACUGUUGAUAAACAAUUUUGAAAAUAUUGUUUCUAGUUAUCUUUGCUAAUUGCAAAUGGAAUUGACCUUUAGAAAACCUACUACAGCCUGCACUGUUGGCAAUUUAAGCACAGGCACCAAGGACUGAAAAGGCAUGAGAAUGUGUUUUUAGUUGCUAAAGGUGGCCCUGCAAUUAACAUAGGUAGUGGCAGUGCAAGCUUUCCUACCAGUAUGUUAUACAUAGUUUGUUAAUUAACAAGAUUAUUCAGUUCUAAGUAGAGAUGUUUUCAGAAAUGAAUGCUCAAUAAGAAAAAAAGUUGGACUUUUUGUAUAGUCUGCUCCCCAAUUCAUAGCUUCAGUGGCUUGUUGUUAAUCAGUAUUUUGGCUAUCAAACCUUGUUAAAGUGUGUCUAUGAUGAAAAGGCCUCAUUCAACUUUUCCCAUAUUUUGUUAGUGCUGCGUACCGACUAAAAUAUUUGCCCAUUUUUAUAGCUACUUUCCAGCUGCAAAAGGUAUGUUUAAACAUUUGCAGUAUUUUCAUUUUAGGUAGCAGGAAAAUAAAUGUUUUGAAAGACUG